AUGGUGAAGCACGUGGAAGACAUGAGAGACUGGAUGGCAACCCUGUGGCCCCUGGUACGGGAACACAUGCUGGAGGCCCAGGAGGCCCAAAAGCCUACCGCAGAGACCAAGCCGGCGGAGGUGCCACUGGGGGAGCAGCUGAGCCAAGCACAGAAGCAGGAGCUGAGGGAGUUGGUCGGCCGGAACCAGGAUGUGUUCUCCAGUGCCCUUAGCUCCCGAGGAAGAAAACUGCUUUCGCCACCCCUGACCGGCUGCAAGAAGCUGCCCUUUGGGCUGUACGGGGCCCCGGCCACCUUCCAGAGGUUAAUGGAACAGAUUCUCCGUCCCCAUCGUCAUUGUGGGAAGACGUUUGCCAUCUUGAAGAGGUAUAUCAGCGAUGCGGUGCCAAAGACGAGCUGGCUGCUGGUGGUGGAUGAUGACACACUCAUCAGCCUGCCCAGACUGCAGAUGCUGUUGAGCUGUUACGACCCCUCUGAACCGAUGUGUCUAGGGGAGAGGUACGGCUACGGGCUGGGCCAGGGAGGCUACAGCUACAUCACUGGAGGAGGGGGGAUGGUGUUCAGUAGGGCCGCGGUGGUGAGGCUCCUGGCCAGUGACUGCAAGUGUUACAGUAAUGACGCCCCUGAUGACAUGGUGCUGGGGAUGUGUCUCAACGCUCUGGGGCUCCCUGUCACACAUAGCUCCCUCUUCCACCAGGCACGACCUGAAGACUACUCCAGAGACUUUCUAGCCCACCAGGUGCCCAUCUCUUUCCACAAACACUGGAACAUCGACCCCGUCUUCAACAGGUGGCUAAAGGAUGAGUCGAUGUCAACAAGCUCACACGGACUAAACAAGAGCACCAAGGAAGAGUUAUAG